AUGAGGAAGUCACAUAAACCAUUUAGAAAUGAAAGGGCUGCUGAGAUGAUUUCAAUGUUGCAGUGGAAGGUCAAAGCUAAGUUCGGUGGUCGACUUCGACUGACAAUAUGCGGAGGUGCAUCCUUGAGCACUGAGGUGGAAGAAUUCUUGCGGGUUACUUGUUGUGCCUUUGCAGUCCAAGGCUAUGCUGUGUACAAUGAGCUGCGCCUGGAGGAGGUUCUGGGGAUGGGACACAAUCCACUCGGCAAUCCUCCUUGCGGCGAGAUAAGUCUCCGAGGGAAGAGUCUUUUUUCUGGGUAUUACAGGAAUCCAGAGCUGACAAGAGAAAGCAUGAAAGAUGGGUGGUUCCAUACAGGAGACAUAGAAGAAAUUCUUCCAAAUGGGGUUGUUAAGAUUAUUGAUAGGAAGAAAAAUCUUAUAAAGCAUUCCCAGGGAGAAUAUAUUGCUGUUGAGUAUUUGGAAAAUGUGUAUAACAACACUCCAGUUGUUGACGACAUUUGGGUGUACGGAGACAGCUUCAAGUCAAUGCUAGUUGCAGUAGUAGUGCUUCAUGAAGAGAACACAAAGGGCUGGGCGAUCUUGAAUGGCUUUCCGCUGUCAGCUCUACUUUUUGCUACAGAGAAUUGUAUUGAACAUAUCAAAGGAGUAAUAUUGGAAUCCUGCCCCUUUGACAUGGAAAGGGAUUUGGUGACUGCAACAUUGAAGAAGAAAAGAAACAAGUUAGUUAGCCACUAUCAGGCAGAAAUUGAUAAACUUUAUCGAAAGCUGGCCGAAGUACGAGCAUGAAUUAUGAUCGGUUAAUCCAGAUUCAGGGAGUGCGCAGUGUUGGUGUUCUCCUCUGCUUUUAGCAGAGUGCUUGUCACAAGAAUAUUUUGCGAUGGUGGUACUUCC